AUGGCGACUGCAUUGGAUUUGUCAGGUUUGGGAAAUUUUGAUCCGCAUUCGGAUCCAACUACAUUAUCUGUACGAUGGAAAGAAUGGUUACGGCGCUACGAACGGUUUCUGGUUGCUAUCGAUAUAAAAGAUGAUACUCGGAAACGUGCUCUAUUGCUAUAUGCAGCGGGAAACGAAGUAGAAAAAUUUUUUGCAACGUUGUCUGAGGUAGGGGAAGAAAAAGAUUACAAGAAAGCGGUUGAAAAGCUGAACGAGUAUUUUUUACCUAAGAAAAAUGUGUUACUUGAAACCCAUAAAUUUCGCCAGUUAAAACAAAUAACUGAGGAAACAAUUGAUCAAUAUUGUACCAGGCUUAGACAACAAGCCAUCAUCUGUGAAUUCUCUAACAGUGAAAAUGAGAUUAAAAUCCAGCUUGUUGAAGGAUGUUUAUCAUCGCGAGUGAGAAGAAAAGCCAUUCAGGAUGAUUUAUCAUUAGCAAACAUAUUAGCAUAUGCAAGAUCUCUUGAAAUAACAGAUAAAGCUGUCAAAACAUUAGAAGAAGAUUGUGGGCAUUUAGCUCCCUCCUUGAGUGCGGUUAAUGCUAUACAUAACCAACAAGACAAGUCGAGUCAGUAUCAUGAACGAACGAACAGACAGCCACAUCAAUCAGCAACCCAGUAUCCUACAAGAAAUCGAUACUCCUACCCACUCAAGAAUGCGGGCCGAGAAAAUUCACGUGAGCAGCAACCGAAUGGUAAGAAAAUAUGUUAUAAUUGUGGGGAAAAUUAUUAUGCAGGUCAUCUUAGUGUGUGUAAAGUAAAGAGAAAAUCUUGUUUUUCAUGUGGAAAACAAAAUCAUUUCGCGACUAUGUGCCGUAGUCGUCAAAGGAACAAUAUUCCAGAAAAAGGGGAGAACAUUCAAGCCAUUAAUUGUACUGAAAAGCAAUCAAAUUCCUCUGAUGAAGAUUCAUAUGUUUUUGUUGUUACCCCACCAGUAGAAAAUGAGGUUUCCCCAAAUUCACGAGCAGUUAAAACCAUUCCAGUUAUUAUUGAAAGGGCUCAUGUUAAAAUGAUUGUUGACACUGGGGCAACAACAAACAUUUUAGAUUCCAAAGCAUUUAAUGAAAUCAAAAAGAAAAACCCCAGUUUACAUUUGCAACCAUCAACACACAAAAUUUAUGCCUACAUGCAAUCUCAACCUUUGCCAGUCCUUGGGAAAUUUGAAGGACUUAUUGAGUCAAAACACAGAAUGGCUGUUACAACAUUCCAUGUUGUAAACGGGGACGAUGGGUCAUUACUAAGUUAUUCCACAGCCACAGAGCUUGAUAUUGUGAAAAUGAAUGUGCAUGCUGUUGUUACCCAGUCUAGUUCUACAUCCUACACUGAUCCUCGAGAGGAUCAUAAACAGUUUGGCAAUGAGAACCCAGAAAUUCCUAAGAACCAUCAACCAGACUCACCAAUCAUGUCAAAGUUUAAAAAGGAAUACCCAGCAGUCUUUAAUGGCAUUGGGAAACUAAAGGAUCAUGAAGUACACCUACACCUUAAAGAUAAUGCUAAACCUAUUGCGCAAAAACCCCGAAAGAUACCUUUUCAUCUCCGUAAACAGACAGAAAAUAAACUGAAAGAACUGGAGGAAAGUGAUAUUAUUGAAUUCGUUCCAUCAGGGACACCUACACCUUUUGUAUCAAAUCUUGUUGUUGCACCAAAGCCUAACAAUCCAGCUGAAGUCAGAGUAUGUAUAGACAUGCGACAUAUGAACCCAAUGAUAGAGCGAGAACGUCAUGUUAUCCUUAAUAUUGAGGAACUUUUUGAGAACAUGGCUGGUGCUACAAUGUUUUCAAAAGUGGAUUUGACAGCUGGGUUUCACCAGUUACUUCUUGACGAGGAGUCACGAUCUCUUACCACAUUUCACACCCACAAAGGUCUUAUGCGAUAUAAACGUUUAUGUUUCGGAGUAAAUUCAGCACCAGAGCAAUUCCAAUAUGCUAUUCAACAAACACUCCAAGGACUGGAGGGAGUAAGGAACAUUGCCGAUGAUAUUAUUGUGUGGGGAAAGUCCCAGAAAGAACAUGAUACACACCUUGAAGCUCUCAUGAAACGACUCUCAGAAAACAAUCUUACCCUUAAUGUUUCUAAGUGUAAGUUUAAUGUAGACAGCAUUUGGUUCUAUGGUUACACAUUAUCAAAGGAUGGCAUUUCUGCAGACAAAACCAAAAUUGCAGCACUAGUUAACAUGAAAGAGCCAGAAGAUGUUUCCCAGUUGCGCAGCUUCUUGGGAUUGGCAACCUAUUGCGAACGGUUUAUUAAUAACCUGGCAACAAUCACAGCACCAUUACGCGAGUUAACCAACAAAGGCGCUGUUUGGAAAUGGACAGGCAGGCACCAACAGGCAUUCAACAAAGUCAAAGAAGAAAUUGCGAAAGAUUGUACCCCUGCUUUUUAUGACCCAUCUAAACGAACUCGAGUAACGGUUGACGCAAGCCCAGUCGGAUUAGGGGCCAUUUUAUCACAGUUUGAUAGGGACGACAACGAGCGAAUUGUUGCGUAUGCAAGCCGUAGUCUCAGCAAGGUUGAACAGCGAUAUUCACAAACUGAAAAAGAGGCGCUUGGAGUUGUUUUUGGUUGUGAUAAAUUUCACAUGUACCUUAUUGGAAUUGAAUUUGAGUUGGAUACGGAUCAUAAACCGCUAGAAGUUAUAUACCAUCCCAAAGCGAAGCCAUCUGCGCGGAUUGAACGAUGGGCUCUCCGGUUACAACAGUACCAAUUUAAACUACGACACCGACCCGGUAAAACCAAUCCAGCUGAUGUACUAUCCCGUAAACCUUUGUCAACACUCGAAAAGAACAGCAUUGCAGAAGAUUAUGUAAAUUUUUUAACCGACCAUCUAGUGCCUAAAUCUAUGAACAGGCAGGAAAUUGAGGAAGCGUGUCAGAAGGAUGCUGAAAUGCAAGCUCUUAUAACGGCUAUUAGAAAAAACCGCUGGCCACGAAAACCAGCUA